AUGAGGCGUCGCGGUGGAUUUUCCGACGACGAGGCCUAUGGCAGCGACUAUGGCCACCAGGCCAUCGACCAGUGCAAGCUGCUGGAAGAAGCGCUCUUCUACGUCAAGGAACACGCGUACUUUAUGCGUCAGGCACUGGAUGCAAACGACAUCGGCGAGGCACUGAAGAGAGGCAUCAAUGUGAUCAGCGAACUACGCACGUCCAGUCUCACGCCUACCAACUACUAUGAACUCUACAUGAAGGUGUUCAACGAGCUGCAAGCGCUCUCCGAGUUCAUGGGCAACGAGUCCAAGCGCGGCAUGAAGCUCAACCAGCUUUACGAAACGGUGCAGCAAAGCGCCUUCAUUAUACCGCGGCUGUACCUGCUCAUUAUGGCCGCAUCGCACUGCAUCAAGGGUGGUGUGGCUUCCGCCAAGAGCAUCCUAGAUGACGUCACGGAGCUCUGCCGCGGGGUGCAGCAUCCCGUAAGGGGAUUGUUUCUGCGCUACUUCCUUAUACAGCUAUGCAAGGACAAGCUGCCUGAUUCGGACCCAACGAACAGCAAAGGCACUUUGGAAUCCUUUGAAUUUCUGAUGGGCAACUUCAAGGAGUCAGUCAGGCUCUGGGUCAGGCUAAACAGAGGCUGCACCAGCUGCGUGGACCAAAAUUGGUGGGACAAGCAGCGGCUUGAGCUGGGGUUGCUCGUGGGCGCCAACUUGGUCCGUAUGGCACAAAUGGAAUCGCUGAAUUGCGAAUUCUACACCGAAACUGCCCUUCCCAGUAUUCUGGAAGAGAUCGCAGCAGUCAGCGAUGUUUCGGCAAAGAAGUACCUUCUCGACUGCCUGAUCCAGGCGUUUUCGGACGAGUACCACCUGAAAUCGCUGCCGAAGCUUCUUAAGGUUAUUGUGAGUUCGAUAUCGUCCAACGAGUGUAUCAACGUGCUCACUAACCUUAUGAACAGGCUGUCACAGUACUUCAAGUCCGCUGAUCUAAGCGGCGAUGCUGUUAGCACCGGCGAUGUGUUUGAGGUGUUUCACAAAUACCUGAGCUCGGUUGACCUCCAAAACGGAAUCAGUCUCAAGGGUUUCUUAGAUUUGCAGGCCAGCUUCGUGGAGUUCACCACGACCGUGUACCCCGGUAUCAUAGAGCACGUCGAGGUCAUUCUCAACCACGUGGUGAACGUGCUGCAGAUAUGUGACACUGAGAAUAUGCGGGUAGAGGGCGAUGCGUGUGCAAGCAUCAUCACGCUGAUCACGCUCCCACUUAGGUCAUUAGGCCUGCGUUCGCUUGAGAUGAAACACAAUGACCCGCUCGUCGGCUUCCUACCGGCACACAUGCAGAGGGACGUCGCCAGGGCGAUGGUCGAGGCCAUGAUAGAGUCCAACCUCACCAUUGACAGUUGUGACGCUUUCGAGAUCACAAGCCGUUUCCUGCUCCCAUUUUUCGCUUCGCCUAAUUCGCAUGAAGAGGCGCAUAAACUCAGGGACGACCAGCAGUACGUCUCAAAGCUGAUACAGAUCGUGCAGUCCUACGACGCGACGCAACAAUUUGGCAUGUACCAAGCUCUGCUUGAACGCAUGGUAAGAAGCGGGCCAAUGUUCUACCGUCACAGCUUGCCAACGUUGGUCCUGAGAUCUCUGGAGCUGGCGUUCAGACCCUUUGAGCUGUCUGGCGAAAGCACGCCUACCAAUCGCGCCAUGGACGUCGAGGAAUCCGCUGCCCUGGCGAUGCGGAUAUUCAAGUUCGUCAGCGACAUGAUACGUAUGCUACAGCCAUUGAUACCGGAGAAGGCUCUCAAGUUGGCGAUCUUGGCCGCGAUAUCGGUUAACGAGCUAUGCGAGCUGCUCCGCUUGGAUAUGCACGACAGUGCCAACUACGAGCGUUUCGGAAUGGCGUGCUACAACUUUAUCGCAACAGCCUGUGUCAUCUACGAGGAGGAGGUUAUUUUAUCGCAGCGGCAGCACCAAUGUUUGCUCUACCUCGUGUCGGCGUUCUCCUCAAAGAUCACCGUGCUUAACGCCGAACACUAUGGCUCCAUGUCCAUGCGCCUCGCGAAGUAUUCCCUUGGCCUGCUCAAAUUAGAGCACCAAUGCGCCGCGCUGGCGCACGUGGCAGCAGCCUUUGCGAGAUGCGAUGACAGCUCCAAGGUCACCUGGGCGCUGCAGAGAUCGCUUGCGGUGGUUAUGCAGCACCAAUUCACCCCCGAAGAUCAGAUACGCGCUGCUUUGUCACCUGUUCGCAGGGUCGCUCUACAACUACAAUCGCAGUUCGACGUGGUUGACCUCGUGGAGGCCAUUGACAGGUAUUGA